AUGUCGUUCGCGCUGGAGGAGACGCUGGAGUCGGACUGGGUGGCCGUUCGGCCGCACGUCUUCGAGGAGCGGGAGAAGCACAAGUUCGUCUUCAUCGUGGCCUGGAACGAGAUCGAGGGCAAGUUUGCCAUAACCUGUCACAACCGCACGGCCCAGAGGCAGAGGAGCGGCUCCCGGGAGCCGGCGGCCGCCCGAGGCGCAGCCGAGGCCGGGCCCCCGCCGGACAGCCCGGGCCCUCGGAGCACCGGCAGCAGUCCGGGCUCGCGAGGCCGUGGGGAGCCGGCCGGCGGCCGGAGGAGCCCCAGCCUGCGGCGGAGCCCGGCCUGGGCGGAGGGCGGCGCGGCGCGGAGCGCGCACCCGCGGGGGGACGCCUCGCUCCGGAGCCCUGCGGCCAAAGCAGGGGACCCGGCACGGGCCCAGGCUAGCCCGGGCAGGAGAGCUCCGGGGAAGCGGGACCCGGCCGGGGCGGAGGCGCCCGGCCCGUCGUCGGUGCGGGUGGUGAACUCGUCCGGCGCGGCCGCCGAGGAGAUCGAGGUGCUGGAGCUGGUGAAGGAGGACGAGGCGGCACCGACGUUGCUGGAGCUGCCCGAACCCGAGGCGCCCGAGCCGCCCGCCGAGCUGGACUCGCCCCCUGAGGAGUGCAGCUGGGCUGGGCUCUUCUCCUUCCAGGACUUGCGCGCCGUGCACCAGCAGCUGUGCUCCGUGAACUCGCAGCUGGAGCCCUGCCUGCCCCUCUUCCCCGAAGAGCCCUCGGGCAUGUGGACUGUGCUGUUCGGGGGGGCCCCGGAGAUGUCCGAGCAGGAGGUGGACAGCCUCUGCUACCAGCUCCAGGUCUACCUGGGCCACGCUUUGGACACCUGCGGCUGGAAAAUCCUUUCCCAGGUUCUUUUCACCGAGACGGACGACCCAGAGGAGUACUACGAGAGCCUGAGCGAGCUGCGGCAGAAGGGCUACGAGGAGGUGCUGCAGCGGGCCCGGAGGCGCAUCCAGGAGUUAUUAGAAAAACAUAAGAACACAGAGAGUAUGGUGGAGCUUCUUGACCUAUAUCAGAUGGAGGAUGAAGCUUAUAGCAGUCUUGCAGAAGCCACGACUGAAUUAUACCAGUACUUAUUACAGCCAUUUCGAGAUAUGCGGGAACUUGCAAUGCUAAGAAGACAACAGAUAAAGAUUUCUAUGGAGAAUGAUUAUCUGGGGCCCCGUAGAAUUGAAAGUCUCCAAAAAGAAGAUGCUGAUUGGCAACGCAAAGCCCACAUGGCUGUGUUAUCCAUUCAAGAUCUCACUGUCAAGUAUUUUGAAAUAACAGCUAAGGCUCAAAAAGCUGUGUAUGAUAGGAUGCGAGCAGAUCAGAAAAAAUUUGGUAAAGCAUCAUGGGCAGCAGCAGCUGAAAGGAUGGAAAAACUUCAAUAUGCUGUUUCAAAGGAAACUCUACAGAUGAUGAGAGCUAAAGAAAUCUGUUUGGAACAGAAGAAACAUGCAUUAAAAGAAGAGAUGCAGAGCUUACAAGGUGGCACAGAAGCCAUUGCCCUUUUGGAUCAGUUAGAAGCAGAUUAUUAUGAUCUGCAACUUCAGUUGUAUGAAGUACAGUUUGAGAUCUUGAAGUGCGAGGAGUUACUGCUAACAGCUCAACUUGAAAGCAUCAAGAGACUUGUAUCAGAAAAGAGAGACGAAGUAGUAUAUUAUGACACUUACGAAAGUAUGGAAGCAAUGCUUGAAAAGGAAGAGAUGGCAGCAUCUCUACAUCUACAGAGGGAAGAGCUACAGAAACUUCAACAGAAAGCUCGGCAAUUGGAAGCAAGGCGUGGGCGUGUUUCAGCCAAGAAAGCCUACCUCAGAAACAAAAAGGAAAUCUGUAUUGCAAAGCACAGUGAAAAAUUCCAGCAACGCCUUCGGAGCGAAGAUGAAUACAGGACACAUCAUUCAGUACAACUAAAGAGAGAAAAGUUACAAGAUGAAGAAGAAAGAAAAAGUACCUGGGUUAGCCAAGAAAGACAGAAGACAUUAGACAGACUUCGCACAUUUAAGCAGCGGUACCCUGGACAAGUCAUACUUAAGUCAACGCGACUUCGACUAGCUCAUGCAAGGAGAAGAAGUGUUGCAAGCCCAGUGUCCAGUGUAGACCAGCCUCAGUCCUUACCAGUAACCCUAAGGACAGAAGAGAAAACUGAAGAGGGGGAACAAGGAAAAGAGGUGCUUCAGCCUUUACAAACCAAGGAACCCCAGAGACUGGCACAGCUUGAAGAGCCUUCAUUAGCACAACUUGAAACCACUUCAUUACCUCCUAGUGGUGUUACCUCUGAACUGCUGCCUCACAUUGCACCUCUUCCACUUCUUACUGAUAAUGACCUGACACCAGGUACUGUUACUGUUGUCCCACUCCCACCACCUCUUCCUCCAACUCCUCCUCCACCACCCCCACCGCCCCCACCGCCGCCACCACCUCCUCUACCUACUACUAAGGACGGUCCCACAGAAUCCCUGGAGAAAGGCCUUUCUAAAGUGGAGGGUGAAGAAAAGAGAAUCCCAAAGUCUGCCAGUGCCCCUUCAGCACAUUUCUUUGACAGCAAUCAGCUGGUCAGUGCCAGGAAGAAGCUUAAAAAAACUGCUGAAGGUUUGCAACGGAGAAGAGUGAGUUCACCAAUGGAUGAGGUACUGGCUUCCUUGAAACGUGGUAGUUUUCAUCUAAAAAAGGUUGAACAACGAACUCUGCCUCCUUUUCCUGAUGAAGAUGAUAGUAAUAAUAUCUUGGCACAGAUAAGGAAAGGGGUAAAACUGAAGAAGGUACAGAAAGAAGUUUUGAGAGAGUCCUUCACGCUUUUGCCUGAUACAGACCCACUAACACGUAGCAUUCAUGAAGCACUUCGAAGAAUUAAAGAAGCAUCACCAGAAUCUGAGGAUGAAGAAGAGAGUUUGCCUUGCACAGAUUGGGAAAACUAACAUGUAAAUGGUGACUUAACAGCCACUGAGAGGAAAAAUAAGGCCCACAGUUGAAGAUUAUCUUCCUACUCCUUUGGGGAAAGUUUGUAAGCAGUUUGAUUCUACAGUCUAAACUGCGUUAGUUCAGUGUGUGAAAAGGGAAGUCAUUUUGUAGGUCAUCUUCAUGAUUCUAUCCAUUCCACUACAUAGAGGUUAAACAGAGUGAAAUUUAGAUGUGCAAUGUAUGUAAUCAUAAUAAAGAGAAUGUCUCUAGGAUACCCUCCCAGUUCUUUUAAAAGCACUUUUUUCAUUUACACCAAUAGAGUGGCCAGUUAAAGUUAGAAGAAUGCUGUUGCAUUGACAAACAUCUACUGUGAGUUAUAUCAGGACUGCUAUGAAAUCUGCCCUUCAGUGCACUGAGAAAUCAUCUGCUUGAAAAACAGCUUCUUCUUCCACAUCAGUUUAUUCCACAGUUGAAGAUCUUCUUUAAAAAAAAAGUCCUAGUUUACCCUAGUAGUUUAUAUGACAAGAUUUUAAGAGUUGGAAAAUAACUCCAAACUUCCAUAAGUGUUCAUCUCCAAAAGAAUUUAUAUAGCAAGGUUAAGUGACAUCUGAAUAGAAAUGUAAUCAUGGAGAUACAUAUAUUAAUAUUUAUUUACAAUGACAUGAUACACUUAACACGGCACAUUUUUAGAAAGCUACAGUCUUAUACUUUGUAUGUUUUUUGAAGUAAAACUUUCCAUGCGCUUUUAAAUAGCUCUUCAUAAUUCUGAGUGUAUAGUAGUUUGAACUUUAUGUGCAACUUUGUUAUGAGAAGCAAUACUUUGUAAUUUGAUAGUACUUAAAUUUUUUGUUUUUCUGUUUGAACUGUUGAUUAAUGUAACUCAUGAAAUUUCUAUUUGGAAUCACAUAUGAAGAUUACGUAACGGGGAUCCAGUGCUUUAAUCUGUGUACUAUAUAAAUUUGGUUUUGUGCUCCACAGUUUAAAAACAAAGUGUGCUCUACAGUGAUUUCUAUCAAAAAAUAGACAUUAUAGCCUCUUCAAUUGACAAUUCACUACUUUUGAGCUCUCUAAAUAAAACUUCGCUGAGUACUCUUCUGCACUGCGAAAAGCAAUUCACAACUGAAGACUAGUAGUUUAUAGGCAAUUUUUUUAAACCGUACCAGGAUGCUAAAAGAUUCAUCUAUUCACAGUUGUGAAUAAUUAAGCAUCUCAAUUAGACUAAACAAGAAUUUACCUAGUCUACUGAAACUAGGUACACUUGAGUAGGUUUUUCCUCUAUAAGAGGGAUCUGUCUUGGACCCUGUACAAAAAGAAUUAAGGACUGCAGUAACAAGGAACCUCACAAUACCCAGUCUUGUAAGACCUUUAGAACAGUGUUAUAAUGAAGUCCCAGUAUAUGUGGACUGCUACUUGUGUUAAUGAAUGAAAAAAAAUAGUAAUUCCAUACUAACUUUCGAGUCCAUUUCUUUUAAAAGGGGUUGGGGGGUGGGGAGAACCAGCAAGAUACCCCAGCCAAAGGCCGUAAGUCUUAGGCUGUUCAGAUGUCUUGGCUUUUUAAGAAAAACAAUGAUAACUUGUCCAUUCACAUGUCGAUAUUGCCAAGUAUUGUUUAUUGAAGAGUUUAAAGAAAUAUUUAGAAAGUGCUUGUGAGCGGCCUUUUUUUCCAAAGUGGUGUUCUUUUUAUUCAGGCAAUAUUUUACAGAUUCAUAUCUUACCUAGGCAGAUAACAUAUGAAAUUUAGUUAUCCUAGAAUCGUUAAACAAGAAAAGUAUUGUACAACAGUGAAACAAUUAAAACUUGCUUUUUAAUUUUAAAAAUAAGUUUGGGUUUAGUGAUACUGUUUUUGUUUUUAGCAGCUUUGUAAGCAAUUAAAUACAUGAAAAAACAACUCCUAUUUCCGCCCUACCUUUGGAUACAAGUUUUCCCACCCUAGGACUUCCUAUCCUGUUUAUUAAUACAGAGAACCAAUAAGAGACACCUGUUUUAAAAUUAAUAAUAUGUACUUGGAACCUCAUUGUGGGGUUAUUUCACAUAAAGCAGAAUUUGGCCUAAGGAAGAUGUCUUGCACCACUUUCAGGUACCAAAAGCACUUCGUUAUAAGGCAAUCUUAAUUAAAAGAGUCUCCAUUGCCAUUACCUAUUGCUUACUACAUUGCUUCUAUCAAGUUGAUUUCCAAUGGCAAGAUGACUCACUCCACCAACUACCAUAAUUUAUAGGGUUUUUUUUAACAUGAGAUUUCAGAUCCCAAGAAAGUUAAGUAAGAUUAUAUUCUUUCCUUACUCAUCCCCCCAUUAAAAUAUAGGCUGAUUGUACUAGCCUUCUACAUAUAUUGUAGCUGUAUUUAUAUAUGUGUGUGUGUGAA